GUUUUAAGCUGAUUUCCAGAAAUUAGUCAUUCCACCUAUAAAUAACAUCAACGAAACGUUUCGUUCAAAUGAUCAUCUUUUCGCAAAUCCAGACUCUAAACUAGUCAACUCCAUCUUAUUCUCUCUUCAUUAACCCCUACUUUGCGGAAAUUAGGGUUCCUAGAAUUCUCAUGAAAUAAUGGAACAAAGAGAUUUAAGCGUUUAUGAUUUCAAUCCAGAGGAUGAAUUAUCCGAAUCUUGUCAACAGUGGUCUAAACUUUCAAACCCUAAAUUCGAUUCGGAUGUUUCAAAUGCGAUUACCAAGUACCGAUUCCUUCAACAUGCUUCUUCUGGGUCAAUCACUCGCAUGAAAGAACUUCAUACCGUAGAACAAUUUCAUGUUGUUGCUAUUGAUGAUGAUGAUUGUGGUUACGUUAAUAUUGUUUCUGGUGGUCCUCAAGAUUCACCCUAUACCACUGUUUCUAAACAACCAGAGGUGUUUGGUGUUAUGUCAGACAGAAGCUUGCAUCAGAGCUGUCAUGUUAGUGGAGAUAAUGUAAAAUCUGAAAAUUGCUCUUUGGAUAUGGAGAUAAGAAUUGCCUGUCCCUUUGGAGUAUCUUCAGAAAAUGGUCAUAUGACUCAUAUCAGUCCCAUUAACCCAGAAUCACCCUGCAGUAAUGGUUCAGUUGAUGCUGGGGCCUCAGAUGGUUAUGACAGCUCGCAAGAGGGCUCUCCUCCCACCUCUGGUUUUGAGCUGGUUCCAAUGAAUGGACUUGCUCAGGAUCAAUCAGCAAGUAAUUUGAAUAUGGAGAAAAUGGAUAAUGUUAUUCCUACUGAUUAUGUCUACUACGGCGAUAAAUAUUAUCCUGCAUGCCUGAUAGUUUUUUCUGAUACAUCUCUUAAAAUUGAGACAUCUACCUUGGAAGAGGAGUCGGGAACAAUUGGAUUUGAAUGGAAUAUUGAGGACAUUCAUGGUAUUGAGUCACAUUGGAGUAGCAAGACUCUUAUGGCAAAAGUGAAAGUUCGCCUUUUGACCAAGGAUGCAAUGCUAGAAGAAAAUGAACACAACCCAGCAGGUGUUGAAGUGUUAGAAUUUUUGGUUCACGAUCCUCUUUGGCCACAGAGACAAGACUGGAUCAUGUCUCUGGAUGUGAGAUACCAAGCUGUCUGGAGCAAUGGGCUGAACGGUAAUAUUUGUGAAGGAGGUCCAUUUCCUUUAGAGAGUAGCGAGUCGUCUUCAGAUCCUUACAUUCCUAACUUUGAGGACCCUUUUGAUCAAGUUAUCUACCCCAAAGGAGGUGUAGAUUCUGUUUCAAUUAGUAAAUCGGAUGUGGAUCUGUUGGAGCCUGAUACUUUCAUUAAUGAUACCAUCAUUGACUUUUAUAUUAAAUAUUUACAGAACGAACUUCCUCCGUCUCAAAGAAGUAGAUUCCAUUUUUUUAAUACCUUCUUUUUCUGCAAGCUGGCUGAACCAGGCAAAAACCCUUCUUGUGUUUUUGACGGCGAGGCUGGUUUUCGCCGUGUUCGGAAAUGGACAAGAAAAGUGAACAUAUUUGAGAAGGAUUACAUUUUUAUUCCAGUCAAUUACAAUCUUCAUUGGAGUUUGCUUGUCAUAUGCCAUCCCGGUGAAGUUGCUGCAUUCAGUGAAGAGAAUGUGGAUGAAUCUGUGAAGGUUCCUUGUAUAUUGCACAUGGACUCUAUCAGAGGAAGUCAUACAGGGCUGAAGGAUCUUGUUCAGAGUUAUCUAUUGGAAGAAUGGAAAGAGAAGCGAAAAGAGACAACUGAGGAUAUUGUAUCAAAAUUUUCAAACCUGCGGUUUCUUUCACUUGAGCUUCCUCAGCAGGACAACUAUACUGAUUGUGGUCUUUUCCUGCUUCAUUAUGUUGAACGCUUUAUAGCUGAAGCACCUGAAAACUUCAGUCCUUUCCAGAUCAACAAGUUUGAUAGUUUUCUAAAGCCUGAUUGGUUUGUUCCCAGAGAGGCCUCACUUAAGCGUGUUUAUAUCCAGAGAUUGAUUUAUGAGCUUCUAAAAGGUUGUCCUCUAGAAAAUGCUUCACAUUGCAAUCAUGAAUCUCAAUCAUCAUCAUUACUAGAAAACAAAGAGAAUGACAAUGACACAGCUACAGCGAGAAUGAGCCGAGGGAAAUCAUGGGAUACUUUACAUUCCCAACCUGUUCCAGGGAUGGAAAUGGGUCUACUGGAUAUGUCAUUAUGCACUAACGUCUCAAAUUUGGGUAUGAGAAACCUUAUUGAACAGUGUGAACGGUUUGGUGAAGGAGCAUCGAUUGGACAGCCCGGAUGUCCUACGCCGCCAAUCAGGGAGGAAGGAGCUUUCGAUCACCUCGCCCCUUCGACCUUGGGUCAAACUUUCAAAUCACUAGAUGGUGUGACAGCAACCGCUUGUCACAUUGAUUAUACACCUGGAGAUUUGAACCCAGGGUUCCCAUGGGAAUCAGAACUGUCGAAUCAAGAAUACCCUGAAAACAACUCCCCACCUUCUCCAAAUCACUCCUCUGAUGACUCUGAAGACUUAAUGAUCAUAGAGCCAGAAGUUCAAGGUCCCGAUAAUGGACAAAUUAAAGAUCCAGAUGAACAGAAAGAUGUAGAUAGUUUGACCGAAAGCUAUGCUUCUGCUUCUAGUGAUAUGAUGGAGACACCAGCCGAGGAUUCGCAAGAAUUGGCUAAAAUCUAUGGGAACAAUGAUCUGGAUGAAUUACAUACUAGUAAUGGUAAAGAAAUCGAGGAUCCAUCCGAUCCAGAUCUCGAGAACAUUGAUGAUGACGGAAAUGAUGAUAUUGCACACACUAAUGAAGUGGUUGAGGAUUCGUCUUCAGACUUGGAUGAGGAACGAGCCCCGAAGAGAUUACGGCUUACAUCUCCAGGCGACUUGUAAGAAGCUUGUCUAAGGAAAUGCGGAUGUUAGAGUCCAUCUAUAAAUGAUGUAAAAUCUUUUGUAGGAGCCAUUGGUUUUUCAUGAAGUGUGCAACAUACAAAUUUUAGGUGUUUGUAACAUAACAAUGCUAACAGUUAAUGUAGAUGUCUGGUUCUAUUUUAUGGAUCCAGUCAGCUUUCGGACUGGACAGUAAUAUGUUAUACGUACCAAGAAUGAGGCUUGUUGGUAAUAAUCAAGUUAAUUCCCAAAUAGUAUUUAUAGGUUACUAAACUGAAAUAUUUAUCACCCAAUUUGCAUGUUUGUUUUAAUAAUCUUAAGAUCUAAGGUACAAAAAAUCUUGAAGAACUUGAUUGGGAUGUGAUCAACAAUUAAUGCUUGGAGGGGUUUAUAUGCAAUUUUAUUUUUGUUAGUGAUAACAAAUAGAUUGUUUUCGAUUGAUUAUUGUUUGGUGAAUGUUCACAAAAUUAAUGUGUUAUUUUACUAUAAUUAUUGCUAUUCGAAACCAAAGAGGUGUAAAUCUUUGUGCCCAUUGAUGGAACA